CACUACUACACGCCUGUCCUCUCGCUCGUGCCACCGUCAGUCCCCCCAUCCGACUCGCAGCGGUCGGUGCUCGAUUGGUUCGGUCUGGAGCAACCAUGGCAGACCUAGAGGAUAAUGUUACAGUCCCCGAGUUCAGCUGCCUUCUCCAAAUGGAUCCCUAUCUCAAAACGUACGAGAAGGACUUCAAGAGGAGGUAUGACCUGCUGCAGAAGCGACUUUUCCAGCUGGAGGAGGCAGAGGGAGGCUUUGACCAGUUCACUCGCAGCUACAAGACGUUCGGCGUGCAGCGGCAGCCUGACAACAGCCUGAUCUUUAAAGAGUGGGCUCCAGCUGCAGAGGCCCUUUUCCUCACUGGCGACUUCAAUGGCUGGGAAAAAUUCUCCCACUCUUACACCAAGAAAGAAUACGGCAAGUGGGAACUGAUUCUUCCACCCAAGCAUGACAAGUCUCCAGCUGUGGAUCAUAACACCAAACUCAAGGUGGUGGUUCACACCAAGGAGGGUGAACGCCUGUACCGGAUCUCGCCUUGGGCCAAAUAUGUGACCAGGGAGGAGAAAUCUGUCAUCUAUGACUGGGUUCACUGGGAUCCACCACAACCUUACAAUCAAAUUCACCCUCGACCAAAGAAGCCCACGAGCCUGAGAAUAUACGAGGCUCACGUGGGCAUCGCUUCACCGGAGGGGAAGGUCGCUUCGUACACCAACUUCACAAACAACGUGCUGCCUCGCAUAAAAGACUUGGGUUACAACUGUAUUCAGCUGAUGGCUGUCAUGGAGCAUGCCUACUAUGCAAGCUUCGGAUAUCAGAUCACCAGUUUCUUUGCUGCUUCCAGUCGCUAUGGUACCCCGGAUGAGCUGAAGGAGCUGAUCGAUGUGGCUCAUUCAAUGGGCAUCGUGGUGCUGCUGGACGUCGUUCACAGUCACGCCUCCAAGAACACGGAGGACGGCCUGAACCACUUCGAUGGCUCCGACUCUUGUUACUUCCAUUCCCCACCCAGAGGGGAGCACAGUCUGUGGGACAGCCGCCUCUUCAACUACUCCAGCUGGGAAGUGCUGCGUUUCCUGCUGUCAAACCUGCGCUGGUGGAUGGAGGAGUACCGCUUUGACGGAUUCAGAUUCGACGGCGUUACCUCCAUGCUGUACCAUCACCAUGGCAUCGGCACAGGCUUCUCAGGGGACUACAGUGAAUACUUUGGCCUACAGGUGGACGAGGACUCCUUGGUUUACCUGAUGCUUGCCAAUCACAUUCUUCAUACCCUUUACCCCGACUGCAUCACUGUUGCAGAGGAUGUGUCAGGGAUGCCUGCUCUCUGCAGACCAGUGGAGGAGGGAGGACUUGGUUUUGAUUACCGACUGGCUAUGGCUAUUCCUGACAAGUGGAUCCAGAUCCUGAAGGAGUUUAAGGAUGAGGACUGGAACAUGGGCAACAUCUCCCACACACUGACCAACAGGCGAUAUGGAGAGAAGUGCAUAGCCUAUGCAGAAAGUCAUGACCAGGCUCUGGUCGGCGAUAAGACCCUGGCCUUCUGGUUAAUGGACAAGGAGAUGUACACCAACAUGAGCUCUAUGAUUCCCAUGAGUUCUGUCAUCAACCGCGGCAUGCAGCUGCACAAGAUGAUCCGGCUAAUCGUACAUGGGCUGGGUGGGGAAGGCUACCUCAACUUCAUGGGAAAUGAGUUUGGCCAUCCUGAGUGGCUGGAUUUCCCCAGAGAGGGCAACAAUCAGAGUUACCACUAUGCCCGCCGGCAGUUUAACCUAGUGGAUAUGGAUCACCUCCGCUACUGUCAGCUCUAUGCCUUUGACCGGGACAUGAACCGCACCGAAGACAAGUACGGCUGGCUGGCAGCCCCACCUGCCUAUGUCAGUGCCAAGCAUGAAGACGACAAGGUCAUUGUGUUUGACAGGGCAAAUGUGGUCUUUAUCUUCAACUUCCACCCCAGUAAGAGCUUCCAGGCCUACAGGGUGGGUGUAGAAGUUCCAGGAAAAUACAAAAUCAAGCUGGAUUCAGAUAUGCAUCAUUAUGGGGGUCACGGACGGCUGGACCACAGCACCGAGUUCUUCACAGAGGCCCAGCCCUUCAACGGCCGCUCCAACUCCAUACUGGUCUACAUCCCCUGCAGAACAGCUAUUGUCCUGGCCAACGAGGAGAUAGAUUACUGUUAUUAGAGGAUGAUUGUCUCCACAGAGACCAGGAUUGAGAAUGGAUUCCAAACUCAAACUGAGUGUUAACAAUCACCUUCAUCUUAAAGUGUCAACCUUGCACACCACCCAAACCUACUUUUUGUCUUCAAGUCUUUUUCUAAAUGGGGGGAAAAAAGCGUUGCGAGCUCGUGUGCUUUCAAAUACCAUCUGCAACCUUAGACGCUGUGUAACCCCAUUUACUGCAGAUUGGUCCAUUUGGGAAGCGUCCAACCUAACCAGCAGCUAGAUGCUAAAACUCAAAACCCUGCCGAGUCCAUCCACCACUAGCCAGCAGCCAUUUAUAGGCUCUGUUGCAUUUGGCAUGUCAUCUGAAAUACAUGACCAGCGACUGUGGCAGAGUAAAGCAAUACAGCCAGCAUUCAUUUAUUCAAACAUAAUAAAUAAA